AUGGAUACCAAUUGGUUGCGUAAUGAACUCAUUCGAAUCGUCAAAGAGGCGAAAAGGACGGUCGCGGCCGGACCACGUUCAACGAACGCGCGCCAUUUUCUUCCUUCGAGCCUUUCGUUCACGUUCUUUCGCGCGCUUCUCUCCUCUAAUUUCAUUUCAUUUCAUUUCGUUUCGUUAGUCACGAAACGAAUGAAACGACAGUUGGACGCGUUGCCUCGUUUAAUUGCAACUUUUAUUAAGCGACCAGAUCGCAAGGUCGCGCCUUCGGUCCUGGGAUUUCGAUUAACUGGAGAAAAUGGCGUCAUCUGGCUCGCGCGUAUUUGCACGAUGCGUGCCGCACGCGAUCCUUAUAACAGGUUACGUCGCCGACGAAGACGACCAGCUCCUGAUGACGUGCCGCUCGCCGGCAGAGUCGCGAUGAUCGCGCGGAAUCGGCGAACGGCAGCUUCCAAACCGGCGGAAGUUGUCGAAGAGGUUGGCUCAUCCGGCCAUCCUGGCAAUCCCUUCUCCCCUUUUGGGGGACGUGGCACGCGCUCGGAAUCCAGAAUUUGUUCACACACAAGCGAAUGGAAACGAAGAGGGAAAAUGGAGAGAAAGAGA